AUGAACACCCCAGCCUCGACUUCGCCGCCGAAAGGCAUCAUCAGAUCGCAUAAACGCACCCAUUCCAACAUCUCCAUCGCCAGCUCUCCCCGCAAGGAGCAGUUCCCCCGGCCCAUCCUCCGUCGCCGCAUCCUCUCCCCUCCAACCGACUCCGAAACCGACUCCGAAACCGACGCCUCCUCCCUCCCCUCCCCCUCCAUGUCCAGCGAGCCCUCCACCUCCGCAGAGUCAGCAUCGCUAUCGACCGGGAAAGACUCGUCCCAUGGAACGCACAUCACCGAUGUCGACUCGAGCAGUGGGCUGACCGACUCCGCUUCCGAGAGCCCGUCGGAAACGGACUAUGAGGAGUUCGAAAAAGCGCCGAAACCCGCGCCCGCGAAAAAGUGGUUGGACGGAACCCUCAGCGAUAGCUUGAGUGACAGCGACAGCGACACCGACUCGGACAGCGGGAGCGACGAAAGCUCCGUAAUCUCCGUGGUCCCUCGCGAUCGCAGACCGCGAAUGCGACUCGACGAGGCGGCACUGGCGGCCGGCGAUUCCGGACAGGUCGUCCCGCUCUCCGUGCGGCUCCGAGAAUUCCUGCCGCAGCUGGCGGCAGCGAACCAGGCGCUAGAGACAGACCGGAAGGCCGGGAAUGUGUCGGCGCUGUCCAUGGAGAGUGACUUCGAGGACGGGGUGCAGUAUAUCGAAAUGGAUCUCGGACUGGGAGUUCUGGAGGAACGGGAUCCCGACAUGACGAGCAGUAGUAGCGAGAGCAGCGACGACGAGGAUGACGUGGCCGACGAUGCGCCGACCGAGCCGCGAUACAAGGAGAAUGCGAUGGAGAAGUUGAUGGGACAAAAGCCGGCGGCUGCCGGACCCAAGAUCGAAGAAGUUUGA